UGAGCCAUACUCAACAUGUGAACAAUAUUUCAAUGUGCGAGUAUAUUUUAAUUAUUUAUAUUUUAACACACUUUCAAAUUACAAAGUGGCCAAGUUUUAACUUAUUUAUAACGAGUAAGACUGAAUAUAAUGGAUUACAAUAUUGAUGAUGCGUUGUGUGAAUCAGGUCAUGGACUUUAUAACUAUGCUGUUCUGGCGGCAUGCUGUCUAAUCAACCAUGCAUCAUGUUUGGAUCUCCUUAGUUUUGGCGUCAUACUACCAUUAGCUAUGUGUGAACUCAAUAUAGGGUUGACCGAAAGUGGACUAUUAACUUCAGUACCUUUAGCAGGGUUUAUCUUCAGCCUUCCGUGGGGAUACUUCGCCGACACACAAGGAAGACGGAGAGCUCUCAUGCUGUCCACGUCAGUCGGCUGUCUGUUCGCCAUGGCCUCCAGUUUUGCUCCCAACUGGCAAACUCUACUCGUACUUAAAUUUAUAGGAAGCAGUUUUUCUUCAGCGGGCAUCACUUUGACAAUAACUUACUUGGGAGAGUGCACUGUAGAGAAACACCGGAGCCAAUACAUGUUCAUUAUGAACAGCGCCAAUUUGGCUACCGACAUUGUGUUAUUUGGCUUAGCUUAUUUAAUUUUUCCUCAACAUAUCGACGUGCCUAUACCCUGGCUUUCCAUCAGAUAUACGCCUUGGAGGGCAUAUUUAUUUACAAUGGCAAUCUUGCUGGGCUUGGGCUGUUUGAUGAUAGUCUUUUUGUUUGAAAGCCCCAAGUUUUUGGCUUCCGUUGGAAAAACCGAACAAGCACUAGAUGUUUUAAGAAAAAUGUAUAAGUUGAACAAAAGGACUAAAGACGAAUAUUCUGUUAGAAGUCUGAAACAAUUAGACACGGAGGUAUCAGAAUCGUUUUGGAUGUCACUGAAAGAUAAAACAGUACCAAUAUUCAAACCGCCAUUGCUAUGGCGAACAAUGCAGCUCUUCUACCUCUUUGCCAUUUGUUACAGCACAAUCAACGUAUUUUAUAUGUGGUUCCCGCUUUUUAUUAACAAUCUCUUUAGUUCCAACUUUACGACAGAGGAUAAGAAUUUUUGCGAGCGAAUCUACAGCAAUUCGUCGACUAACAGUAAGACUGAUAAUGAAACUUGUGACGCUCACAUGUCGGAAUAUACGAUUUAUUCCGGAAUAUUCUACGGGAUAGUUCUAACCGUUUUGAACCUUGCUCUAUCAGCGGUCGCCAAGUGGAGACGUCUAGUCCUUAUCAGUACUCUUGUUAUAUCUGCGAUUUGCCUGGUCUUAAUAAAUAUGAUUAUUCAGCCUAUAGUCACUGUCGGUUUAUUUACAAUGGUCAUGAUCACUGGCAUCGGAAUCGGGAAUGUAGCGACUUACUUCAAUGAUAUGUAUCCUACAUCUUUUAGAGGCCUAGCGACAAGUCUUGGAAGCAUGACAGCAAGAAUGGCGUCUUUUGCAGGAGUUAAUAUUUUUGGAGCCGCUAUUGUUAGCCACUGCAGUUUGCUGUUCUACUGUUGGUCAUUGUUUGUCAUUUCUGGGAUAGCAGUGUCGCUGUUACUACCUGCAGAUGGAAAAUUUUCGUAACAAAAAUGUUAUAGUAAAUACAAAAUAAUGUUGAUAAAUUUUGUUACAUUGUUAGAUU